CGGGCCGCGCCCCAGAGUUCUUCGCGUGCAGGUGCCAGGCUUGGUUCUGGGAAGGCGGAGGCUCCGGAAGUCCCGCGAAGGGGCCGGUGGGCCCUCGGACCCGGAGCUUAUGGCGGUGGCUACCGCGGCGGCACUGCUGGCCGCACUGGGUGGGGCGCUGUGGCUGGCGGCCCGGCGGUUCGUGGGGCCCAGGGUCCAGCGACUGCACGGAGGUGGGGCCCUUGGCCUCAUGCACGGGAAGACCGUGCUGAUAACCGGGGCGAACAGCGGCCUGGGCCGCGCCACGGCCGCCGAGCUGCUGCGCCUGGGCGCGCGGGUGAUCAUGGGCUGCCGGGACCGCGUGCGCGCCGAAGAGGCGGCGGGUCAGCUCCGCCGCGAGCUCCAGGCUGGGGAGUCCGGGCCAGACCCCGGCGCCGGCGGGGCAGGCGAGCUCGUCGUCAGGGAGUUGGACCUCGCCUCGCUGCGCUCAGUACGCGCCUUCUGCCAGGAGAUGCUGCAGGAAGAGCCUAGGCUGGAUGUCUUGAUCAAUAAUGCAGGGAUCUUCCAGUGCCCUUAUACGAAGACUGAAGAUGGGUUUGAAAUGCAGUUUGGAGUGAACCAUCUGGGGCACUUCCUACUCACCAAUCUUCUCCUUGGACUCCUCAAAAGUUCAGCUCCCAGCAGGAUUGUGGUAGUUUCUUCCAAACUUUAUAAAUAUGGAGACAUCAACUUCGAAGACCUGAACAGUGAACAAAGCUAUGAUAAAAGCUUUUGUUAUAGUCGGAGCAAACUGGCUAACAUUCUUUUUACUAGGGAACUAGCCCGCCGCUUAGAAGGCACAAACGUUACUGUCAACGUAUUACAUCCUGGUAUUACACGGACUAAUCUUGGGAGGCACAUACACAUUCCACUGUUGGUCAAACCACUCUUCAAUUUGGUGUCAUGGGCUUUUUUUAAAACUCCAGUAGAAGGUGCCCAGACUUCCAUUUAUUUAGCCUCUUCACCUGAGGUAGAAGGUGUGUCAGGAAGGUACUUUGGAGAUUGUAAAGAGGAAGAACUAUUGCCCAAAGCUGUGGAUGAGUCUGUUGCAAGAAAACUCUGGGAUAUCAGUGAAGUCAUGGUUGGCAUAUUAAAAUAGAAACAGGGAGUAAAAGAGCUAUUUAUAAAACUGGGUAUCAGUUUUAUUUGUGAUCAGGAAUGGUGUGGCUUGAGCACUUG